AUGGCUGAAGCUCAAUUGCAAGACUACCCCUCGCUCUUUUCCCUCAAGGGCAAGGUUGCUGUCGUUACUGGUGGAUCUCGAGGCCUUGGACUCCACGCAGCUUCAGCAUUCCUUCAAGCGGGCGCGUCAAAGGUUUUCAUCUCAUCCCGCAAGGCCGCCGCAUGCGAAGAAGCCUGCAAGGCUCUCAAUGCGCUCCCCAACCUUUCUCCCGGCGCCGUCGCCAUCUCAGUUCCCGCGGACUCGGCCAAGUUUGAGGGUGUAGAGAGUCUGCUUGCGCAGGUCAAGAAGCAUACUGAUCGCGUGGAUAUUCUCUUCGCUAACGCAGGAGCUACGUGGGGUGAGUCUUUCGACACGCACCCUGACUCUGCCUUCGCCAAGGUUAUGGAUCUUAACGUCAAGGCCGUGUUCAACACAAUUCGCCUGUUCACCCCCAUGCUGGAGAAGGGUGCUUCGCUGCAGGACCCCAGCCGUGUUAUCAUCACAUCUAGCACUGCCGGACUUGGUGUCGGCACAAUUGGAACGCAGGGCACAUAUGGCUACUCCGCUAGUAAGGCGGCAGUGAUGCAUCUGGGACGCAACCUGGCUAUGGAGCUGGGACCAAGGCACAUCACCGUCAACUCCAUCAACCCCGGUUUCUUCCCUAGCAAGAUGUCCAACGGCCUGCUGGAGAUGUCAGGUGGCGCUGAGCAAUUCGCAAACAGCAACCCCAUGCGCAGACUUGGACAACCUGAGGAUAUUGCUGGUGUGGUCGUUUAUCUGUCCAGUCGGGCUGGGUCGCAUGUUAACGGCGAGGCGAUCGCUAUUGAUGGCGGUGCGUUGUGGCAACGAGGAGAGCUCAUGGCGGAGCACAAGGCGAAGCUGUAG